AUGAUUAUUCAUCCGUUCCUUUUAAUAAAAUUCAUAGAAAAACAAGAAAAAGAAGAGAACAAAAAAUCAAUGGCAACCCUUCGAAAACAAGUUCCCUUACUAGUCGAAUGCCGUCAACAUGCUGCUGAACUUCGAACCAAGCGGCGACAAGAGUUUCUUUCUCUCAAACGUGUGAUCGAUGAACCCACCAAACCUUCCUCGCAGUUUUAUUCCGACGAACAAUUUGCUCAGAGCAAAAGUAUUAUUUAUUCAAAAAAUAGUUCCGAACCCGAUUUAUUAGAUGCACUCUUAGUCCUCAAAAGUUUCCCUCCUCAAUUCGAAAUGAUCGAUAUACUAUAUCUCUUACUUAAUACUCCAAGUGAAAAAUUAACAGUGGCAACACUCAAUGUACUCAUCCAGUGGUCCGUUUCUUCAGCUUUCUCUAAAGCAAUCUUCCAAUCUCAUCGCAAUUUCCUCAAUUCGUUCCAACAAAUUCUGGAAACCCUCGGAGAUAUCUCAAAAUAUCACGUCGUCUGGCUCUUGGCUAAUUUGGCCUCAGAACCCCCAAUCUUUAGAAAUAUGAUUUACGAAGAUUUCGUUGUCGGAAUGAUUCAGUUGGCAAAAAACACCACGUAUGCACCUACUAUUCGGGCAGUCGUCUUUUUAUUCCAAAAUUUGUUAAGAGGAGACCCGCCAAUUCCAGAAUCCUCGGCUCUCUCGUUGUCGGAGUUCCAACUCGAAAUGGUCAAGACAGGGGACCCUGAGAUUUAUAAAGACGCACUCAUCGGAUUCAUGCUCCUGGAUACCCGAGAGAAGACGGAAAAAGUUAAGAACUAUUUAAUUUCAAAAUUCCAGUUCCUUUAUGAAAAUCUGCAGAUUACCGAAAACGACGCGUCAACCAGAAAUGAAUGCGAAAAAAUCAUUUUUUAUAUUGCUGGAAAUAACUUGCUUUUCACGGGAACCGAAUACGUCGAAAAACUCGAAGAGAUCGGAUUCCUCAAUUUUUCAAAAAACUUUGUGAUUGAGUGCGGAACGGAGGGGAGCAAAAGCGCGUUUUGUUGGUUUUUACGUAAUCUCUUUGUGAUUGACGACGUCGGAAUGUACCAACUCUUAAACUCGAAAAAUCUCAUGUCACAAGUCAUGCUUUUAAUACAAACAACAAAACACCCACCCACAUUCCUUUACGCAUCACAGGCGUUCCUUGAGUUUUUUACGUAUUGUGGAGCUGGAGAAAUAAGAAGAUACUUUGAUAAAACACUCUUUUUCUUAACUUUUAAAAGACUUCUUGAAACAAAGGAGGUCCAAUAUCACAAAAACG